CAGAGACUUAUCAAUGUUCAAAGUUUUCACAUUUCAAUAACAGAUCUCGAAUAAAGUUUAUUUUAUCAGAUGAGACAUGAUCAGAAUUGUUUCAUUAGAUCUGCAACUAUGAGCCUUGAAAUAAAUAUAGUCAUCUGUAUACGUAAACACAACGUCAAGAAAAACAUUAAUCGUCCGAUCCAGAAUAUAAUUAUUGCUCAGAAUUAUGAAUCUCUUGUACAAAAAAACGAAUAAUAUGUAAGUCAAACGAAAUCGUAGGUAAAGACGUUAGAGAUACUUACGUAUACAUAUAUAUAUGAAUUUAGAUCAAGACCAGAAUUACGAUUUCCUUCUUUUCAGAUAUGAACGAAACCUUCAAAACAUGAAAGUCAAAACAAUCGAGGUUAUGAUAACCUAAUCCUCAGGGUUGAUAGGACGAUUUAGAGUGGAGGGAUGCUAACCUUUUUAUAGUCGAACCUCGACCGCCUUCGAAGAGAAAAGGUGGAAUUGAAGAUAGAUCGAUGGAUUUAAGAAGGAAUUUAAUAGGAAUGAAUUGGUAACUGAUGGAUUUCUGGAUCAGUAGGAAGAAGAUGAAAAAUUCGAUUGAAACCCUAGAGGCCGAGAAGAGAGAGCAAUGAAACUAGAGAAUCAAGAAACGACGCGUUUCAAAUAUGAUUUAUCAGACUGGACUUAUUUAAGUAAACACACACCAAAUAUAAAUAUAAGCCCAACCGAUUUAAAAAAAAUAAAUGAAACAGUGCACUUUGAAGAACAUGACACGUGUCACGUCCCGAGAGAAAAUGUAUUUUAUAUAUAAAGAAGAUAUAUAUUGUUAUAUGCUCUCCAACUUUCUAUUUUUAUCGGUGUCGCCCAAUAUGAAAAAAAAUAGUUACUUAGUUUGACAACUUGACAUACCAAAUUUCCUUACGAAACUAUGUUAUCAUAUUAUAUCACGUCGACAUAACAAGAUUGGUACAGAAACAUACACUUCGUCACUUGUUAACAUUUGAGAAAAUAUCAAAUGAUGGAAAUGCAUGCAAGCCAUGUAAUUAAGAUCUAGACUAUGUAUAUCUGACUAGAUUCCAACUUAAUUAGUAGCUACUACAAAUAUAAUUUCUUCAUAAAUCUAGGUGUCUCAGCACUAAAGCUAUAGCUUAACAGCCUUAGGUCCUCAACUAUAUAAACCCAUGGAUGCUAGCGUCUAUUACAGUGAUCAAUCAAUAGCAUUAACACUUCAAAGACUAUAUAUAUAUACACCUUAAUUAGCUUUAUUAAAAAAGAAGAAGAGAGAGUCAUCAUAUACUAUGGCAAGUGUCAAGAUAUGGGUUUGCUUCGUUUUGCUUCUACUAUUCGAAUUGACCUCAGUGCACCAGUGUCGAUCUUUGCUCUCAAAAGAGCGACUUUCCGGUUCAAGCCGUGUGAUGAAGAUUAGACGAGAGCUUUCUGAGAGGCUAAAAGAGCUGAAUGCAAGACUAGAAGGCGAAGGGAAGAUCCUUGGCAAUGGUCAUGACUCGGAGCGACUCAGCCCCGGUGGUCCUGACCCAAGGCAUCAUUAACGAAGAGGAGACAAACAGAAUUCUGCAGUUAGUCUUGUCGGGAGAGGUUUUAAUACUACUAGAACUUUUUUGAACUAAACUGUAACCCUGUAGUGUUUCACUGACACCGACUUAUAAACAUUCAAGCUCUAAUCUUCUAAUAUGAAAGAUGUGUGACCAACAGCUUGUUUGAUCUAUAAACAUAUGUGAUACUCUUAUGUUAUAAAUUAUGUCUCUUUCCAUUGA